CCUGUUCUGGCUGGCUACGCCCCGCGCAAAAUGAUUACCGACGUUGGGCUGGUCGUGGCUGGACUGCUGCUUCCGCUGGUGGUAUGUUGGAUCGGUUGGCGGCUAAAGCGGUGGAAGCACUACCGUACCUCGAGUGAGCUGGAUGGGCCCCGGGACUACCCGCUAAUCGGUAGUGCGCACAUGUUCGUUGGCAAAAGCACCGAGGAGCUGUUCCAGUGUAUCAACGACAUCUCCAAAACGUAUCGCUCACCGUGCCGCGUGUGGCUCGGUCCGAAGUUGUUUGUGUUCAUCGACAACGCCGAAGACCUGCAGACGGUGCUGACGUCCGGUGAUUGUCUGGAGAAGGCCGACGUGUACCGGUUCUUCCAGUGCGAGCAGGGCCUCUUCUCGGCUCCGGUGGCCGUUUGGAAGACGCACCGGAAACACCUUACGCCGUGCUUCAACUCGAAGAUUCUCGCCAGCUUCAUGGCGGUGUUUAACGACAAAAGUGUAGUGCUGGUGGACCGACUGCGGCCGCACGUGGGACAGCGCGCCCUGUUCAAUGUCUACGAGUACAUUGCCAAGUGUACGCUGGACAUGGUUUGCGCAACGACACUGGGCACGGACAUGAACCUCCAGAACGAGGAGGGAGACGAGUACAUAAAUGCGAUCGAAAAAGGUUCGGAAUUGUUGAACCACCGGUUGCUAAAAGUGUGGCUCCAUCCGGAACUGAUCUACCGGAUGACGCACUACUACCGGGAGCAGAAACAGUGCUACGCCACGGCCUAUAAAAUGUCGCGCAAGGUGCUGGCUCUACGGAGCAACGAACUGCGGGAGAUUCGGGAAGGAAAAGGCAAAAAGUGUGCAGUCGAUCCCGAGAGUGGCCCGUACCGGAAGCCGCAGAUCUACAUCGACCAGCUGUUUCGGCUGGCCGGCGACGCCGGGGAUGUGUUCAGUGACAGUGCGAUCAAGGACGAAAUCGACACAAUCAUACUGGGGGGCAACGAAACGUCCGCUCUGACCCUUUCGCAUGUCGUCCUGAUGCUGGCCAUCCACCAGGAAGUGCAGGCAAAGGUUUACGAAGAGAUUGUGGACGUGUUGGCCGGUUGCUCGGAGGUCCUGAACGAUCAUCUACCACGCCUAAGCUACAUGGAGAUGGUGUUGAAAGAAACGAUGCGCCUCUAUCCGGUUGGACCACUGAUCGCACGUCAAUGCACGCACGAUACGCAGAUUUCGACCACCAUCAUUCCCAAGGGUGUUACCGUGGUGUUGGGGAUUUUCAAUAUCCAGCGCAACCCGCAACACUGGGGCCCGACGCCGGACAAGUUCGAGCCGGAAAACUUCAGCCCCGAGCGGAUCGGCAACAGGCAUCCGUACAGCUUUCUGCCGUUCAGUGCUGGGUCGCGCAACUGUAUCGGCUACCGAUACGGGCUAAUGUCGAUGAAAGUGAUGCUGUGCACGCUGCUGACGGCGUACCACUUCUCUACCGAUCUGACGAUGGACCAGCUGACAUUGAAGCUGAACACCACGCUCAAAAUUGCGAACCGUCCCAUGGUACGCGUCGUGGCUCGUGGCCACCAAUAAAACUAUGACGAAUUCGGGUGUAACUGUUUCCUAGAACCGCACUAGAGCCGGUUCAGCCGGAGUGUUUUACUAUAGGGUGA